UUCUAGCCGUGUCUUGCCUCGCGAUCUCUGAUGGUGAUCUCUAACGAAGAGAUGAUAAAGCACCAGAGGUUGCACUGAAAGAAAUAAGAUUAAAUCAAUGAGCGCGUCAACCAAUUUGUGGCCACUAGAUGGCGCCCGGGCGCUACUCAUCAGGUCAAGUGUUUCUUCAGAAGAAGAAGCGUUUUCAGUCUGGAGACCGGACCAACAUGGCGGCCGUGUGGAGGCUUGUAAACAGGAGUGCAUUUAGCUCAGCGGCAAUGGGACAUCAAUACCUGUCGUUCAGCUCCGCAGCGAAGGUUGGCAUGAGAGCAGGUCAAACGCUCCCGGAGAGGGUAAAAAUCGUGGAGGUGGGACCCAGAGAUGGCCUUCAGAAUGAAAAGGCUAUCGUUCCAACAGAAACCAAAAUCCAUUUGAUUGACAUGCUGUCAGAGUCAGGUCUGUCAGUAGUAGAAGCCACCAGCUUCGUAUCACCCAAGUGGGUUCCACAAAUGGCGGACCAGGUGGAGGUGAUGAAGGGGAUCUGUAGGAAACCUGGGGUGUCUUACCCGGUCCUCACUCCCAACCUUAAGGGCUUCCAGGCUGCUGUGAAGGCUGGAGCCUCCGAGGUCGCCAUAUUUGGUGCUGCGUCCGAACUGUUCAGUCAUAAGAAUAUAAACUGCUCAGUGGACGAAAGUUUACGCCGCUUUGACGACGUCGUGAAAGCAGCGAAAGAGGUUGGCGUGCCAGUAAGAGGCUAUGUGUCUUGUGUUCUUGGCUGCCCAUACGAAGGCAAGGUUCACCCUGAAAAAGUUGCACAUGUAGCAAAGUGUCUGUACUCCAUGGGCUGCUAUGAGAUUUCCCUUGGCGACACUACUGGGGUGGGCACUCCAGGCAGCAUGCAGGAAAUGCUGAUAGCGGUGAGCCGCGAGGUGCCAAUCAACGCCCUGGCGGUGCACUGUCACGACACGUACGGGCAGGCCCUCGCUAAUAUCCUCGUAGCCUUGCAGAUGGGAGUGAGUGUGGUGGACUCUUCUGUUGCUGGGCUGGGCGGUUGCCCCUAUGCACAAGGUGCUUCUGGGAAUGUUGCGACAGAAGAUGUUGUCUACAUGCUCCAUGGACUUGGGAUUCAAACUGGAGUGGACCUCACCAGGCUGAUGGAUGCAGGAGCUUUCAUUUGUCGAAGUCUCAACAAGAAAACUGGUUCUAAAGUGGCACAGGCAGCCUGCAAACUGUAGGAAAGAAUUCAGUCCUGAGGACUUCCCCACUCUGCACUUUCAUCAGCACACAUAAACCCAAAACCAUCAAGUGUUCUCUUGCUCGCUCUCAAAUGUUCGUCUACCAGCCUUUUGACGUUUGUAUGAUGCUGAUGUGGAAGAAAUUCUCAUCUGUUUCCUUAAAUUCUCACUGUAUGAUAGUGGAGCCCCAACAGUGCCUUGGAUCGAGCCAGUCGAGUUAUACUAACUAUCGAAAGAAGCAGUACCUUCCUCCUUUGUUGUAUUUUCAAUGGUACUAUUCUGACUUUAUUCGCAGUUACAUCCAAUCUUCGAGUAAAAAUGUGUGAUGGAUCAGCUAACUGUUUAUGAAAUGUUUUGUUGGUCCUGAAAUCUGAAUUUCUAUUAUUUCAGCUGGCUUUUGAAAUAAAUCUGAAAUUUGGGAGUUUUUCAUUUUAUGCAGAAUUUAAAGUUUGUGUUUUCAAAAAUGUUGUAUUUGUGUACAUAGCAUUCUUGUGAAUGAUGGAAAUAAACACUUCUGGUCCACCA